AUGUCAUCCAACGGAGACAGGUUCGGCAACGACAUCGAAUCGGACUCCGACUCGGGCAACGAGUCGCAGGUUGAGCAGCACCAUGAGUCGGAUCAUGAGGUUGCUGAGAAGCAGCAGCCCAAGCCAGCGCUGAAGAAGACCCCUCCUCCCGCGCCGGCUCCCCAACGGCCGCCCCUCCCGCCACAGACAGAUCCUAAAGACCUCGAUAUCUCGACCCUCACCCCUCUGACUCCCGAGAUUAUUGCGCGGCAAGCGACCAUCAACAUUGGUACCAUCGGCCAUGUCGCUCACGGCAAGUCAACCGUCGUCAAGGCCAUCUCGGGCGUGCAGACCGUCCGAUUCAAGAACGAGCUGAUCCGCAACAUUACCAUCAAGCUUGGCUAUGCCAACGCGAAGAUCUACAAGUGCGACAACCCAGAGUGCCCUAGGCCAACAUGCUACAAGAGCUACAAGAGCGACAAGGAGGUCGACCCUCCUUGUGAGCGCGAGGGCUGUGGGGGGACCUACAGGCUACUGCGUCACGUCUCCUUCGUUGACUGCCCCGGUCACGAUAUUCUGAUGAGUACCAUGUUAUCAGGUGCUGCCGUCAUGGACGCCGCUCUGUUGCUGAUUGCCGGCAACGAGUCCUGCCCCCAACCACAGACUUCCGAGCACUUGGCCGCUAUUGAGAUCAUGAAGCUGGACAAGAUCAUCAUCCUCCAGAACAAGGUCGAUCUGAUGCGGGAAGAGGCGGCCAAGCAACACUACGAGUCCAUCCUGAAGUUCAUCAGAGGUACCGUGGCCGGCAAGUCGCCUAUCAUCCCCAUCUCUGCUCAGCUCAAGUUCAACAUCGACGCCAUCAACGACGCCAUUGUCAACACGAUCCCCAUCCCCCCAAGAGACUUCACCAUGGAUCCUAAGAUGAUCGUCAUCCGUUCCUUCGACGUCAACAAACCUGGUGCCGAGAUCGAGGAGCUCAAGGGCGGUGUCGCCGGUGGCUCAAUUCUGCACGGCUUGCUCAAGCUCGGCGACGAGAUCGAGAUCCGUCCUGGUAUCGUUACCCGUAACGAGAAGGGCGAGAUCCAGUGCAAGCCUAUCUUCAGCCGCAUUGUCUCGCUGAACUCCGAGGCCAACGAUCUUAAGUAUGCAGUUCCUGGCGGCUUGAUUGGCGUUGGUACCCGUAUCGACCCUACCCUUUGUCGCGCCGAUCGUCUUGUUGGUUUUGUUUUGGGUCUCCGUGGUCGUCUCCCUGAGAUCUACACCGAGAUUGAGGUCAACUUCUACCUCCUGCGCCGUCUUCUUGGUGUUCGGACUGCGGACGGCAAGCAGGCCAAGGUCGAAAAGCUGGCCAAGAACGAAGUCCUCAUGGUCAACAUCGGUUCUACGUCGACCGGUGCCAAGGUCAUUGCCAUCAAGAAAGAUGCCGCCAAACUGCAGCUCACAAGUCCGGCCUGCACCAACAUUGGCGAGAAGGUCGCUCUUAGCAGACGUAUUGAGAAGCACUGGCGUCUUAUUGGCUGGGCUACUAUUGCGGCUGGUGUUACUCUUGAGCCUAGCAGCUAA